AUGAGUUAUAUUGGUGUUGGUGAUGAUAUUGUUACAUUGUGUGUUCAAUCUAGAAGUACUGAAAUUGGAUCUGGAACGGGAAGUAAUCAAGUAAGUUCUUCAGCUCCCGUUUAUGGCAAUGCACAACUAAAUAAUUAUCAUAAUCAAAAUUUCAUGGUUCCACAACAAUUUAAUCACCAACAAAUUUCUCAUCAUUUUCGUAGUCAACCCAUUCAAAAUCUGCAACAUUACCAAAAUCCACAAUCUUUUGAUCCAACCCCAAAUAAAUAUUUUGAUAUUAGUCAAUAUGAUGAUCUUAAAGAAGAUUCAGAUUGGUUUUUUGGUAAAAGUGAACAAAAAGAAACACUUCAUGUCGAGGAACAAGUCAUUGAUGAUGAUGAUGAUGAUGAAAAAGAUGUAAAUGAAGAUGAUGAUGAUGAAGAAGUCGCUGAAAAAGAAGAAGUCCAUGAAGAAAAGAAAAACAAAGUUUGUGACAAGAAAGCUUGGGAUGCUAAACAAGAACCACGUGAGUACUAUUGGAAUAUGCCAGAAUUACUUCCAAUACCAGAAGAAGACUUGGUAAAGAUACCUGUUGAUUUUUACACCAGAGUUGUUCGUAUCAAGAAAGGUGAUUGUUUUGAUACAAAAGAAGACUUGAAGAUAGCUUUGUAUACGAAAUGUGUGGAAGAUGGCUGCCAACUAGUUGUUUCGAGAUCAGAUAAAGAUCGUUUUGAAACAAAGUGUAAAAUUGAUCAACAAGGUUGUACGUGGCGUAUGAUGUCAAGGAGGGUAAAAAAUUGUGAAAUGUUUCAAGUCACUACAUUCAUUGAUCAACAUACUUGUUCAAGAACUCAACUUUAUCCUCACCAUAGACAAGCAAACAAAAAGGUGUUGGGUGGAUUUUUGGCGGAGUUAAUGUUUGUGAAAGGAAGGGUAUAUAGGGGUCAUGAGAUUAUGACUGACAUAAAUGCUCGGUUCAAGAUUAAUAUCUCAUAUUCUCAAGCUUGGAGAGCCAAGUGUUAUGCCUUGGAACUGUUGAGGGGGUCACCAGAAGCAUCGUUUGCCCAACUUCCAGCUUAUUGUCACAAUUUAAAGUUGAAAAAUCCCGGUUCGGUAACUCAUAUCAAAACAGAUAGAGAUGGACGUUUUGAGUUAUUGUUUAUCGCCAUUGGUGCAGCGAUACGUUCGUUUGUUUCUUUCUUGCGGCCAGUUAUUAUAGUUGAUGCGGCACAUCUAAAAGGUCGAUAUCUUGGAACGAACUUAUUAGCAGUAGGCAUGGAUGCUAAUAACGGGAUACUACCAAUAGCUUAUGGGGUUGGCAAAUCUGAAACCUCUGAUUCGUGGACAUGGUUUAUGGGGCAUCUUAGGGAUUGCAUAGGUACGGUUAGCAAUUUGACAAUCAAAUCCGAUAGGGCAAACUCAAUUGAUAUGGCUAUUAGAAGGUGCUUUCUAAAUGCCUUUCAUGGACUUUGUGCUGUUCAUUUGUAUAGAAAUCUAAAACCAAGGUCUCCUGGUAUAAAACAUCAUCAAUGGACAUAUUGGAAAGCGGUGAAAGCUUAUCGAGAAGUGGAUUUUAAUAGACAUAUAAAUCGUUUGAGACAUGUUAUGCCCGAGUCUUCCCAAACACUAGAAGCUAUUGGGUUUGAAAGAUGGUCAAGAGUACACGCUCUUGGAGCAAGGUAUGGUUUCAUGACAUCUAAUAGUGCAGCAUCAAUCAACUCUCUAAGUCGCCAUUCAAGGAAAUUACCCAUUACUAUGUUAAUGGAGUUUUUCCGCGCAUCUCUUCAAGAGUGGUAUUAUAGGAAAAGAAAUGUUGCAGAAUCAUUUGAACGUCGUGUUACACCAUGGACUGAAAAAAAGAUUGCAAAACGUGUUGUGAAGUCAACUUCUUGGAGAGUUGAACCAUGUUCCAACACAUUGUUUGAAGUUAUAGAUCAUAACUUGAAUGGACUUGUCGAUCUAGAUGCAAAGACGUGUACUUGUGGAAAAUGGCAAACUUCUGGUUUUCCAUGUGGUCAUGUUAUAAAAGUUGCUCUUCAUCUAAACCAAGAUGAUUCAAGUGUAUAUGCUAUGGAGUGUUACACUUCAAAAGCAUAUCGUCAGACGUAUGCCGAGAUUGUCUAUCCCAUACCACAUCCAUCUGAAUGGGAGAUACCAGAUGACUUACAAACAGUUUUGCCACCGGUUAUGGACAGAAGGCUACUUGGCCGCCCCAAAAAUCGUGAUCGUAUUCCGUCUAAGGGUGAGGAGAAGAAAAACCCGACAUGUAGUCGUUGUAAGUAA